AUUUCACUGUUUUAUCAUGUAUGUAUUUAUCUUUUAUCAACACAUAGUCCUCUAAUGAGCUAAAAAGAAAAUGUACUUCAAGAAUACAGAGACGAGAAGGCAAUCGAUAAUUGUCCUAUCCAAUCCUACCUAAAGCCACUCAAUCCAAUCACUUCUUGCAUGAAAAUUUAAAUUGGAAUAACAACUCACAGGAAGAACAUAUUUUCUUCCAGUGUGAAUCUGUGCAGGAAUUCUGGCUUGAGUUGGCUUCAAUUUAAAGAUAUAUUGCUGCACCCUUUAAAUGUGAUGUGGAUUAAAGAUGGAGUAGCUACUUAUGGAGGAGAAAAACUUGGAUUUGUUGGUAAACAACUUGAUUUUAUUGGUUGAACACUUUAUUCAUAGAUAUAAAUAUUUAAAGGUUAAGCCUCAUAUCAAUAGAUGGAAGACAGAAUAACUAUUUCAAUUAAAACAUUUUUUUAGAUAAGUUUUUUUUAAGACAAUUUGCAUUCAUUUGAUGGCAUAUUAAAAUACAAACAUGUUACUUUGUAGCUAUAUAAAACGUCUCGGCUGUCAGGUUUUUAAAAAAGUGUUUUAAAUGCCCUAAUUUUUUUGUUUUGUUGUUGUCAAUCAGUUUCUUACUCUGAGCGAUAUACUCCCAGAUACAGGUUACACACCAUAUCUUCCGCUAGUUUUGGUUAAGUAAUCCCCACUGAGUGACACUAGAGGACGCUGUGACUCUAAUUCAAUCCGGUGAGUUGGAGUUUGGAGCUGCAGCCGGCUGGUGUGAGUUGGUGCGUAGAGUAGAAAACACUCGGGUGAGUAAAAAGAGUCUCUCGCUUGUGCUGGAGUGAUGUUUCCAAAGGCUGCUGGAUCACAGGGACGGGCGAGAUGUUGCUGAGGUAGAAUAUCCUCAAGUGUUGGCUUUUUACCUUUUACAUCACGACACAAGCAAAGUGCCACUCCUUCUUCUCCCUGUUAAAUGAGCAAUGAAGAUGAUGAUCCAGGCCUCCUGUAGGAAAGGUCUGCAGGUGUGUUUUCUCCUAGUGAUGGUAGGAAAACUACAGGGCAAGGUAACAGCACCAGAGCGUCUGGUAGCUCCAGUGGAGAAGCCUUUCACUCUGACCUGCAGUGUUACGAGGGAACGAGGUGAAUCUCUGAAGCAAGUGCUUUGGCUGGAUGUCCAGAACCAGACCCUGCUGAGCUACCAGCCAGGAAACAGAGACAGCAUAAGCGGACAGCAGCAUGUGGAGCUCGCCUCCUCCCCGAAGGACACCUCGGCCAUCACCAUCCGCAGGGUGAGCUUCCGAGACGAAGGCUGCUACACCUGCAUCUUUGACAUGCAUCCCACUGGCUCAAAGCAAGGACAGACAUGCCUCACUGUCACCUCACACGUCAGUGUUGACAGCAAUAAGACAGCAGUGAGCGGCAAGAGGGCCUCCCUCUCGUGCUCAUACGGUUUGCCUGAGAAGGUGCAGCAGAUCACGUGGAGACACACUUCUGCGCAGGGUGCCUCCUCAGAGGUGGCCUCCUUUGCAAAGCGGAGUGACCCCAUGAUAGAACCACAGUACCAGGGGAGGGUUUGGCUCAGCGCCUCCCUGUCCGACAGUCAGCUCACCAUCCAGCCUGUCGCUAUCCAGGAUGAAGGCUGCUACACCUGCCUGUACAACACACAUCCCGAUGGGCUGAAGAGCUCCACCGUGUGCCUCUCCACCUAUGUGCUGCCCAAACCUCAGGUGAGCUACAAGACCACCUCUCCAGGUGUGAUCGAAGCCAACUGCACCUCUUUGUCACGACCCCCAGCAGAGAUUGUGUGGAACGUGGAGAGGGAUAACCGCACCAUGGGCCCGCCUGUGACCACACAGCUCCCACAGGGCGACGGGACCACUCUGGUCAUCAGCACGCUGACUGUCCAAUCAGGGCUGCUGAAAGACGUGUCUGUCAAAUGCUUGGUGCAUCACAAAGGGCUUGAGUCACCGAUUGCUGUAUCCAUGAACACUAAAAUUGGGACGGCCCUCACCAUCCUGAUCUCAGUCACUACAGUGGCAGCUCUGUUGGUCAUGUCCCUCUGCUUCUGCCUUUGGAAGUGUUUCUUGCGCAAAGAAGCUGAUUAAUCUUUCAGAUGAGACCAGAGCCUGAAACGAAGAGGUAGUGGAACCCUGCAGAAUUGUUUUCCUGCAUCAUCAUCAUCAUCAUCAUCAUCACCAUCAUCAUCAUCAUCAUCUUGGUACAAAGGGAAGAUGUUCACACCUCUAUAGGAUGUCCAAUACAAUCCUACUUAUGAUCACCAACCGUACAACGACAUUCAUCUCCGCAUCUGUGUCUGACUCUUAUAUAAUCUCCAGGCUGUCCUCACAUGAAGUCAAUGAAGAAAUGUUGAGUGGAUGCUUUUUUUUUUCUCUCUCUGGUUCUGUAAUUGAUUCAGCUGACGGUCGCACAUUCCGCAACAAACAGCUAAGUCACUGUAUGGCAAAUUAAAGUGCAGUGAGUAUGCUUUUACAGUAUAUUACAUGUCCCUGACAUACUCCUGUUUGUUUCUGUCUUUUACCUGGUCUGUAAAUAACACAGCUAAUUGGCACUAUUAGCUUAUAUGGUUCUACUUCUCAGUCGAAGGCCUCCGUCACUUCUGUGUAUUUGUCAAAGCUGGGUGGGGUCUUGGGUAGCCUUCGGUAGAUCAAUUAAAAGGGCUGCAUACUUAUGUCUUGUUUGUGUAAUACCAACUGCAAACUUUUCUACAUGUUUCAGAGUGUGUGUUCUGAGAGAGAGAGAGAGAGAGAGAGUGUGUGUGUGUGUGUGUGUGUGUGUGUGUGUGUAUGCAUAUUUUUUCAGAGGUUAAAUUCCACAGUCAGAUAGCUUGAAUCAAUUCUCUGAGGAAGCAGCGCUGAAACCUCUGUGGUGCCUCUUAAAGGAAUGUGUGUCUUAUUGCCAGUCUACAUCGUUAAGUCCAGUGAGUUCACAUGUGUGUGUGUGUGUGUGCGUGUGUGUGUGUGUGUGUGUGUGUGAACUCAGGUUCAAAAUGACUUGAGAGCUGCAGGUUCAACACCUCGAAGAGCCAGUCUGCUCCUCUAAUUGUCCUUGAACAAAAACCUGAAGCCCUGCCUCCUCACUUUUACAUUGUCCUCGAUCAAAGUGGCACCUAAAUGCCUAAAACACAGUAUAAUGUAAAGAUGCUUCUUGAAUAUAUCAUGUUUGCAUGUGUACAGGGGCAUUUAAAAACUGCUUUAUGCCAAAAUAAUCUCUAUCAAAGCAUAUGAUUUGAACCUGUCAGUUAUUUUCUUUAUUUACAGUAGUAUCAAACUUCAAGCUCAGUGCUCAAUCAGGCACAUCACAUUUCCUCCCCAUUAACAUGAUUUUAGGUUUAGCCUUCCUCUGAGCACAGAGCUUAGCUUACAUUUGAUGCUGAAAUGUUUCAGAACUUUUUUUUUUUUUCAAAUAAAUGGAAAUGUGCCAAUUCACCCAGCCCUGUACAGAGCAACUGUAGUUCAGUUAAAAAUAAAGAAGAUAUGGAAAGGUACAUUAUUACCAACUAUGUAAAGCUGAUGUAAUAAAUACAACAAACAGAAUAAUAAAAAUAUUUUAAAAAAUA